AUGGGAUUUGCGGAAAUUUGGAUCGACAGAGUUAGCAGGUUAAUUUCAACUAUCUACUAUUCUGUCAACAUAAAUGGGUCUCAACAUGGUUUUUUCAAAUCAAGCAGGGGUAUUAGACAAGGAAAUCCUAUAUCUCCUUCUCUUUUUAUAAUUGGUGCUGAGUUACUUUCCAGACUUAUGGACUCUUUGCUGGUGGAAGGUUUUAUCCCUUACUCUUGUGAGAAGAAAGGGCCAAUAUUAACUCACCUUUGCUAUGCUGACGACACUAUUCUAUUCUCAUUUGGGGAUCUUAUAUCUUUGAAGAUGAUGAUGUCAAAACUGGAGGAUUAUCAAAGGGCGUUUGGGCAGUUGGUGAACAAACAGAAAUCUGCUCUCUUUGUAUCCUCUAAGAUCAAUGACAACAGAAUUGUUGAUAUCAGAAGUAUUGUGGGUUUUUCACACUCUCAAUUUCCUAUGCAGGAUGACAAGGAGGGAGGUGUGGGAUUCAGGGCAUUGCAGGAUAUUUAUAACUCAUUUGCUGCCAAGAUGUGGUGGAACUUCAGAACAAAGAAUUCUUUGCUGACAGAAUUUUUAGAGGCCAAGUAUUGUGAAAGAAAGCAUCCAGUUGCUAGGAAAGCUUCGUAUAAUCACUCUCACUCUUGGAGGAGGCUAAUUGGCAUUAAAAAUGAGGCUGAAAAUUAUAUUCUGUGGAGGAUAUGUAAGGGUGAGGGGGAUCAGAACAAUUCUACCUUCAGAAGUGGUCAACUCCAUUUUGAAUAUUCAAAUACAACAAGACAAGGCAGAUUACCCGAUCUGGACACUGAACCCCAAAGGAGAAUUCACCUGCAAGUCAGCAUGGGACAAGACGAGGAAGCAGAAGAGCAGGGCACUUACCUGUGA